GCCCAGUGAAGAACUGAGACAGAGCAAGAAAGAAAAGGAGUACCACCAAACAGAAAUGGCAUCUUUAGGACUGCAGAUUCUGGGCGUUGGGCUGGCGGUGCUUGGAUGGAUUGGCAACAUACUGAUCUGUAUGCUGCCCCUGUGGAAGGUGUCUGCCUUCAUUGGGAACAACAUUGUGGUGGCUCAGACCAUCUGGGAAGGACUUUGGAUGACCUGUGUGGUGCAGAGCACCGGCCAGAUGCAGUGCAAAGUCUAUGACUCCCUGCUGGCCCUGCCUCCGGACCUCCAGGCGGCUCGGGCCAUGGUGGUCAUCGCCAUCCUGUUCUCUCUGUUCGGCCUGCUGCUCUCUGUGGUCGGAGGGAAAUGCACCACCUGCGUUGGGGACAAGGGAGCAAAAGCCAGAGUGGCCAUCUCCGCAGGUGUUUUCUUCAUCCUGAGUGGGGCUUUGUGUCUGGUAACCGUGUCUCUGCCUGCUAAUACUAUCAUAAAGGACUUCUACAACCCCAUGGUUCCUGAUUCCCAGAGGAGGGAGCUGGGUGCAUGUUUGUACAUGGGCUGGGGAGCAUCAGGACUGCUGCUGAUUGGUGGUGCUCUUCUCUGUUGUCAGUGCCCGUCAGGAGGAGGCCGCUAUAAUGGGGCAAAGUACUCCGGACCUAAAUCUACAACGCCCGGGAAGGAAUUUGUCUGAAUUGCUGCAUUACAGUACAUAAGAGGCAGCACAAUUUAAACAGCACCUGACUUUACAUACAGAACAAAACCUGUUGCUUAUAAAGUUGUGAUUUUUCUCGUGACUAACUUUUAUUUUUUUACUAACACACUGUGGCCUUUUGUUUCUGAAACAUACAAGAGGCUUAGGUAUGUGCCAUGUUACAAUAAUGCAACAUGUCAGUUAGGAUUGAAGCUUAAUUCAUUUCUUUUUACUGUUCAUUGUUUUGUAUUAUAAUUUCAAUAUUAAUUCAGUGUCAUACUGUCCUGCUGUUUUCAUUUAUAUUGUUUGCAUCAUAAGCUCUUCAGAAAGAAGACUCGUGAUUUUUUGUUGUUUUGUCUUUGAUUCAGACAAUAAACGGAACGUUUUGUCAACAAUGUUUUUUUUUAAAUGCCGUUUUGAUGUUAACAUAAAGUAGAUUUACUUACUGUGCUUAAGUAAAAUUUUAAGAUACUUCCCUUGAGAGCUACAGUAGUAUUCUAUGCUACAUUCCAGGGAAAUAUUGCAUAUUUUACUUAUUACUUAUUUGACAGCUAUAGUUACUUUAAAGAUUUAAUUUUAAACAUGAUGCAUUGUUAUAGAUUAAUCUACUUAACAGGAGGGUCUAGGCACAGA